AAUUGAGAUGAAUUAGAAAAAGCUUCUUGGUGGUGAUCGAUACUAGUCGGUGCUUUCAGUAGUCUUAUCAACUCCCGAGUCAACAAUGAUCCAAUAAAUUACCCGCUUAGAAAACAAAAAAACAAAAGUACCCAAGACGACGUCAUUUGAGGCUUACACCCGACAACACUCUCGUCUCGAGUCUCUUCCCCAGCCACUGCCCAACGUCUCUCCCCCUUUUCUCUCCACCUGCGCAGACUGCCAGACAACCCCACGCUUCUCUCUCUGCCCGUUUCCCUCGCUUCUCUGUGAUUUCCGCUUGCCGCCGUCCAUGCCUUCCGUGUCGGUUCAUGCCGCGCCGCUCUCUACAGUUCCGAUCACCGAAACCGUGAAGCUCCGCUGCACCGCGUGCGCCACAAAGCUCCGCGUCACCAAGCCUCUGUUUCCCUAGCCCGACACCGUCCUUCUCUUUCUCUCCUCUGCACCUUCGCUCACCGUGGAACGUCCAGCGACGCCGCUCCCGCUCUCGGUUUCCGACACCGUGUCUCGGUAUUAGGCUGACCGCGGUGACCAACGAAGGCCAUCGGAGCCUGCGUGACGCCUCCACGACGCCCAUCUCCUCCGCCACUGACGAAUUCGUACGAAACCGACGUGGAGGCUGCAGCACCACAAGCCCAGGAACACGGCACCAUUCAAUUCGUGAGGUUCCAUCACCGAGUCCAGUCGAACACCGCUUCAAUGGUGAGAGAGUUUUAAUGUAGUCAUGGCUACAAGCAAGUCUCGAACAAGCAGCUUCUCUCGCAACCUCACAGCCGUACCCUCGUCUAAUACGCCCGGGCUCAAGUAUGGUCCCAAUGGCACGAUCUUUAUCUCAUCUGGGAUACCAGACCUCGACAAGAUUUUAGGCGGUGGGUUUGCUUUGGGAAGCCUAGUCAUGGUGAUGGAAGAUGCAGAAGCACCUCAUCACAUGCUUUUGUUGAGGAACUUUAUGUCUCAAGGACUUGUUCACAAGCAACCCCUUCUGUAUGCCAGUCCAUCCAAAGACCCAAAAGGAUUUCUGGGCACUUUGCCUAGUCCAAGGCCAUGCAAAGACGAUAAAGAUAAGUCUCGUGAUCAUGAUCCUGAACAGGAGGGUUUGAGGAUUGCUUGGCAAUAUAAGAAGUACUUUGCUGAACAUCAGCAGACUUUUGAUAAUACUAGAGAUGGUAAGCAUGAGUACUGCAAUGACUUUGACUUGCGGAAGCCUCUAGAAAGGCACUUUCUAACCGGUCAGCAUAUAGAUUGUGUCAGCAUUCUACAUAAUUCAGAUCUUGUUGCUCUUCGUGACCGUUGUGCUACAUUUAUCACUCAAUUUCCAAGAAAUGAUGGCAGCAUCGCCUCCGCUGGUCGUAUUGCCAUUCAGUCGUUUUGUGCUCCACAAUGCGAAUAUUCCAAUGUGGAAUGGGAUAUGCUUUCCUUAAUCAGAUCUCUGAGAAGCAUGAUCCGGUCUUCUAAUGCAGUUGCUGUUGUGACAUUUCCACCUUCCCUUCUUUUGCCAUCAGUCUCUAAACGAUGGCAGCACAUGGCAGACACUUUGCUGUCUGUCAGAGCAAUCCCAGACGAGGACAAGGAAUUGGCAAACCUGCUCACUGGUUAUCAAGACAUGGUCGGUCUUUUGAAUGUACACAAAGUAGCGCGCAUUAAUACACAGGUCCCUGUGAUUCUUGACGCAACAACAUUCUCAAUAAAGUUGCAAAAGCGGAGGUUUUUAGUUUUAGAGUGUCUGAAUCAAGCCCCAAUUGAUGGUGCAUCUGGGAACUCAUAUGGCACUUCUGCAAGUUGUUCCGCGUCUUCAAGGACUGGGACCCUUGAUUUCUAGGUCCUAACAUGAUCUCACUGGUCCCAAUCACCAUUAAACAUUUCUACUUAGUUACUUCGAGAAUGGUUGAGACAUUGCCAGAAGAAAUGAUGGUCUGUGCUUCCAAUGUCCUUCAGGUUUCCCAUAUUCAACUGACCUUAAGUUAUAUAUACUUGGUAGCAAAUCACAAUAGAAAGAAGUGACUUCUUCCAUUUGGUUAUUUAAUAGGGAAUAAUUUUUUCUUUUCUUAAAACCAAACUAAAUAAUGAAAUAGCUAUUUCAUGUUGAACAAAGCAAAUAUAUCCUUAAAACUAGUUGUAUUGUAUUCUUUCA